AUGCUACAUCUUGCAUCCGGCGUGAGGGCCCCUCGCCCAGCCGCAUUCAGCGGGCAUCGCUUACCAUCUUGCAGUACAAAUCCUAUCAAAAUCUACACUACACGUCUUGCCGAUCAAUCCCCCCCGAGGUCCACGGCUCCGACUACCCUCGAAACAGCCGAUGCCAUCUUCAAGGCCAGGAGGAUACCAUUGCUCGCCUCCGGAGUGGUAGCUCUGGGGCUGGGUAUAUAUUUCAGCUUUCUGGCGUCCUCGUUAUGCUCUUCAUCCUGCCAUGAAGACCCUGGCCCAGCGCCAGAUGCAGUUCCGACAGGGCGGCCAAACGUUUUUACUAAGGAUUCGGCUAGGAAAUUUGACCAGAGUCUAGAUGGCUCCGAAUGGUUGUCGGGCAUCACUUCUCUACGGCAAAGACUUGCUGCAGAGGCUUCGGGACAUGUGCUUGAGGUCGCCAUGGGCACCGGCCGUAACCUUUCUUUUUUUGACUGGCGCGAUGUUCUCAACCCUCGAACGAACUCGACAGCACCGGCACUUGCAGCGCCAAAAGCCAACGCACUGUCCCCCAAGACCGACGUGGCAACGAUGAUCUCUUACACCGGAAUCGACAUCUCCAGUGAAAUGCUUGGCGUCGCCGUCGAAAAGCUCGCAGAGGUUGUGCCUGAGCUAGCUCGCCUCGAGCCAAGGAGUGAGAAGCAGACCAUAUCGUCUCAUGCUGAAUGCAGUAGUAUUUCCUACCUCUCAGGCAGGCUCCGAAUGUUUCGGUCAGACAUUCACGAAUACAUUCCCUCACCCCCUCAGCAAUCCCCCACGCAGCCUAAAUACGACUUUGUCUGCUCCACGUUCUCCCUAUGCAGUGUCCGCGACCCAGAACAAAUGGUUCGGGAUUUGGCCAGCAAAGUGAAGCCGAACACAGGCAAGAUCAUUCUUGUCGAGCAUGGUCGAGGAUGGUGGGGGUUUGUCAACGGGUUACUGGACAAGUCUGCGGCUUCCCAUUUUCAAACUUGGGACGACUUUGUGGAUUGA